UAAAAGGACUGAAAUAAAUUUUUAUUUACUUUCAACUAAACUUUCCAAAAAUAUGGCAAAUUUAUGGAGUGAGAGUGUAUAAUCUAUGUAAAUCAAUCUAAGAAGAAUAAAGUAUAGAUAUCAAUGUUUCGUUAUCUGUAAUAUUGGCGUGAAUGGUCAAUUAGAUUUUCUGUUAUGCCGAUUUGAAAAUGACACAAUGGUGCAACGUUACAUUGAUGAACGUGGAGUAAAGGGAAUUUGCGACCGUUGGCAAAUGAAAUAAAGACGAAUUGUGAAUGGCUAAGAUCUUGUUGUUAGCAAGAUUGACACCUCAGAGUGGCAACUUGACAACGGCUGAGAGAAUAAAGGGCCACCUAGAAGCAUCUGGACAUACCUGUGAGUUGCAGAACACAGAUUCAUUUGAUGGAGUUGAUCGAGAUUUUAACCAGUUCGUUGUCAAAAGUGAAUUUAAUUGCAUCAUUGGGAUCCAUCUUUGGCGAGCGGGGAAAUUACUUCUAGAUUGUUCAAAGCCAUUUUCCAUGAUAUUUGGUGGCACUGACAUAAAUCUACAUGUCCAAGACUCCAAGAAACUCGAUGUCAUGACGAAAGUUGUGGAAAACGCAACGAAUCUGGUUGUGUUUUCUCAAAGGAUGGCACUUAAAGCUGAGGCAUUUUGGCCGAAUAUCAAGUCAAAACUGGUCAUUCAGCCGCAAGCCAUCUUCACUUGCCCAUCCAAGAACUUUACUGAAAGAGAUAUGAUUGACAAGAUGAGAGCAUGCACUACGGUGUCAGCGUCUUGUUUGAGAAACGACUCAGGAACAUUGAUCAUUUUUCUUCUCGUUGCUGGUUUAAGGCCAGUUAAAGAUCCAACGUUUCUUUUUAAAGCCAUGUCUGAUUGGCACAAAGAAGAUUCGAGAGUUUUGCUGGUGGUCGUUGGUCCUGAGAUAGAUGUGGCGUUUGCAAAAGAUGUAAAAGAAAUGGCAAAAAGAUAUCCAGGUGUUGUGAUUUUGCAAGCUCUCUCUCAGCCAGACCUCCACGCGGCGAUAAAAUAUUCUGCCACAGCUGUCGUGAACACAUCUAUUAGCGAGGGAAUGGCAGCAUCCAUUUUGGAGGCAAUGGACCUUGAUACUGUCGUGCUCGCAAGAAAAGUUCCUGGUAACGAGAGCGUGAUAAAACAUAAUGAAAAUGGUCUUCUCUUUGAAACCCCUGAGGAAUUUAUUACCUUCGCAAAGCAAGUUGCAUUCGAUGGGAAAUAUCGCGAUAGGCUGACUAUGGGUGGAAAAGAAUACAUUUCAAAUAACCAUUCGUUAGCUGUCGAACGAGAAACAUAUAAUUAUUUAGUAAGGACGCUAAUGGCCUAAAUUCGCUGGUUUCAAAUAUUGGUGGUUAACUUUGGGCCGGGAUGGAAAUUCAAACAUUUCACGAGAUUAUUCUCGAACCAUAUAGGCAGAGCGGAUAUUUUUAAACUAGAAUAAAUAUAUUUUUAUUCGAUAUAUAAAAGAAAAUUAUAAAAAUAAUUUUGUAAAAUGAGUGAACAUCAAGUUUUAACAUGCUUCAAAAGAA